AUGAGCAAGCUCGUCACGCCCGAUCCGAAACAAGGCCAGAACCGAGCUGUCGGCGUGAACAAGUUAAUCGAGAAAAAGGCGCAGAAGGACCUGUUAGCUCCCAAGGGAUCUGCAUGCAAGGUGUGCAACACGAAGCUUCACUGGAAAGGCAAAUACUGCCCGCCAUGCGCCCACAUCAAGGGGAAGUGCUGGAUGUGCGGCAAAAAAAUCUUCGACACCUCCAAGCACUGCAUGUCCCUCGUAUGA